AUAAGCAAAUAUGCUUGUUGUCAGAGAGAUUUCAUUUAAACCUUCCAAAGGAGUAAUCCCUCUUCAGCAAACUAAUAUCUUGUUACAUCUGUAACCCAACUAUUGUGGCCAUUGCCACUCCAAGAUGCUCUUUUGCAGCUGUUGGCUGUAUUGUGCUCUGUGCCUUAUUUAAAAAGACAUGAGAUUAUGUAGAAGAUGCUGUCUUGAACCCCAGGGAUCAGGAUGUAAGUUGCUUCAUCUUUGAAAAUUCUUUAGGCUGCUGAGAUUUUCCAGCUCUCUUUAUCCUUCUUUUGUAAAACGAUGUGUACCAUGCAGCUAAAAAGGUGUGUGCUAAGAACUGAUGACAAAAUACCUUAUGAAGUGAAGAAAGUAAGAUUAAUGCAGGAGCUAAUGCAACAUUGGAUAAAAUGCUGAUGGAAGUGUUAAUGUCUGCUUCAAAGAGCAUGGUAACCUCUAGUAAUGUUUAAUCUUGCAAGAGAUACAGGUAGAAAUAAAUGGAGAGAGUCAGAAGGUGUUAGGGAAUCCUUUGAAAAUAAAGGGUGGAGUUUCCUCCCACUCUCUCUCUGGGUUAUGCUUUUACAUAAGCAUCUAAAUUAUCAUGUUUGCUCUAAAUGGUGCUAAUCAGGUUGCUUUCUCUUUGAGUGUCUUCUGGAGUUGGGCAGAAUUCUCUGAAGUAUGUUAAGGAAAAAUUGAGUAAAACUCAAAGCAAAAAUUAAUCAGACAUUGUAACAUAGAUGAAGUAUUUAUAGCUGUGCUCCAAGGUGCAGCCUUUGACUGGUGAUUCUGAUGGUUUUGUUGUUUUGGGGUUGUUUCUUUUCCUUGGCACCAGAAAUUUGAUGAUAACUAGUGAGACAUUUUAAAUAUAACAGUGUAUUUUGUGUACGAACGCCUGUUUUAAGGGUGAGAAAUUCCAGAAAAUGUAGAUUUGAGCUAUUACUACUAGAUCAUAUGCUGCUAACCAGAAAGUAUCUACUUCUACUAUAUUAUUUUUUCUUACAAAUGUAAAGACGCUUUUGUUUGGGGUGUCAAGUUUGAAUGUAGUAAGAACUUUGUGCCAUUUUGAAUUAGUGAAGAUUUUGAGGUUUUGCAGAACUUAGUCUUCUAGUUGAGGAAAAGUAAUCUCAGUUUUGAUUCAUACCCUUCUCUUAAUGUGUGAGUGGCAACAGUGGCAGCUUUUAGCAAUUUCUGUGAGUUAAUUUCAUUUCUCUUUGUGUUCCCAGUUCUAGCAUUUUAGAAACAGAACGUUACUGUGAUACUAACAGUGUGAACGCCUUUGUUCUUAUUUUGGAGCCAAAACUUUGACCAAAUCUCUUAACUUGUCCACCAGGCUUCAGAACCAAUGGUCAUGCUGUCGCACUGGACAUGUAAUGUCAGCAGCCUUUAACGUGGCUUUGACUGUUUCCAACAGGCUUCUCUUUUUGAAAACUGGGAUUCUAUAAAUCCACUGAGGGGACAGAGGCAAUGGCUCUAGACUGUCACAAGUCCUUGUGAGCUGAUGCAUCAUCUUUGAUGUUGCUGACUUUUGCUAAAGAUAUCUGGCGUUCUAGGCUGUGGAGUCUCACUUAUACAUGUAAUUCCAGGGAGAGUGACAGGAAUAAGUAAUAUUGAGGAAAUGUAGUCUGAGUGUAGAUUCAGAGUUCUUACAAAAACCUUUCUGCAUUAGCCUCAUCUGAUACCUCAGAGGAAGAGAGUGAAAGGUUGACCUGUGCAAUGAACUGAUUUUUAAAUACUUUCCUUCUCAUUUCAGUUUUAAGAUUGAAGUCUGUGACAUGCACAUGGAAUUGUGUAAGCAAGUGUGUGCUUUACCCUGCAAGAUGAUUAUGCAGUGAUUUCCUUGCAGGCAAACAGCAAGCAGCUCUGCUGGUUGUUCACUGAAUUUCCCUCCUCCAGGACCUGACUUCAUUGCUAUGAAGCUUUGCUCAGAGCUGCCAGCUCUGCCAUAAGCUACAGAUGAGAAGAAUAUUUGAUUUCCUUCCCCAAACACAGUAGCUGUGAACGAAUGUUUUGUGUCCUGCUGCGAGUAGGUGGGCAACAAACUGUCUGACAUAGUUGCUCAGACUAUCCUAAUUCUGACCAAAAUCAUGCUACACAAAAGAAUUUGGCUGUUGGUGUACUAGUCAAAAGUGACCAAGCAGAAGACACUUUCUGAUCUUUGAUAAAAUACAGUGAAAGGGAAAAGUAAAUGUAUUAAACAGUGGUUUAUGACACGAGCACUUCUGUUCCAGCCCGGGGCUAGGUGGAGGGAAAGUCAGUUUGACUGGAACUGCUUUAUUCUGGGGGCCAAGUUUAUUUCCUCAACAUUCAACAGUAAUUUGAAGAGAUAUAUCAGGAAAGGCAUCCCCAAUGAACACCGUGCAUUGGUCUGGAUGAUUGUGAGUGGGGCCCAAACCAACAUGGAACAAAACCCUGGGUAUUACCACAGACUGCUUGAAGGAGAGAAGAAUGCCAAGCUGCUUGAAGCAAUCAAAACAGACAUGAACAGAACAUUUCCAGAUAAUGUAAAAUUCCGCAAGACGGCUGAUCCGUGUUUGCAACACACACUCUACAAUGUAUUGGUUGCCUAUGGGCACCAUAAUAAAGCAGUAGGAUAUUGUCAGGGCAUGAACUUCAUUGCUGGAUACCUGAUUCUUAUUACAAAGAAUGAAGAGGAGUCAUUUUGGUUGCUAGAUGCUCUUAUUGGAAGAAUAUUGCCUGAUUAUUACAGUCCUGCAAUGUUGGGCCUGAAAACUGAUCAGGAAGUUCUUGGAGAACUUGUGAAAAUGAAAGUUCCAGCUGUGGCAGAGCUGAUGGAAAGACAUGGAGUCAUGUGGACCCUAGUGGUGUCACGCUGGUUUAUAUGCCUAUUCAUUGACAUUCUUCCAGUAGAGACUGUGCUCCGAAUAUGGGAUUGUUUAUUCUAUGAAGGGUCAAAGAUCAUCUUCCGUGUGGCCUUAACACUGAUUAAGCAAAACCAAGCUUUUAUUUUGGAAGCCACAAAUUUCCCUGACAUUUGUGAUAAAUUUAAGCAGAUCACCAAAGGAACAUUUGUAACAGAGUGUCACAGCUUCAUGCAGAAAAUAUUCACGGAUCCUGGAAGCUUAUCCAUGGCAACAAUCGACAAACUCCGAGAGACUUGCAGGGAGAGGUUGCUUUCUCAGGGAUAAUGUGCCAGAUGUAACCAGGUGGUCAGAUACUACAGCAAUUGACACAUUCCUCUAUUUCCACUGAUUAAAGCACACUUUAAGCUUUCCAUUAAUUAAUUGACACUUGACCAAUUUUUCCUGCCUUUCAAGUAAGUGUGUUAACACUUUGUACUGUAUGUCAGAUUUGAUAUCUGGAACUGGUGGUUCUGUUAUUGUUUGUUGGUGGUGUGUUGUUUUUAUUUUUUAAGGAUUAUCUCUUCAGACUAGAAUGUGAUCAAUGUCAGGACCCUCCUUUUAAAAAAUAGUCCCAGGGAAUUUUGUAAUAUUAAAAGCAAACAGAUGUAUAAAAUUAUGUAUUACUGUGUUAACUGUGACACCAUUACCAUUUGUACAAAAUAAAUUAAUUUAAUUUGUCA